UCAAGAAACCAUUUGCCUAAAAAAGGAGAAAUAAAAAAAGGUUUUCUGACCUACUUACCCAUUUUUUAGGGACCUGAAACCGGACUAUCAUUAAACGUAUAUUUCGUAGUCAGACAGUAACUGUGAAAACAAUACACUUAAGUGUGUAACCAUACAUAUACGGUAUAAUUAGUCAUAUUUGUAAAGUUGCUACUUUGGAUUUGGCAAAACCCAUAAGUAGAUACGGGUAAUAAUAAGUGUGGUUCAUUAUAAUUUCACUCAGCCUAACAUAUAUAUUAAACUAACUUCAGCAUAUAAAGUGAUAUGAUCUAUCAAUGUAAGAUUAAUUGAUGAUGACCUGGAUAAAUAUGAUACGGACAUAAUGGGUUAAAUUGCAAUCCCUUUUCAGGAAUAAAUUCAAGCUGUGAUGGCUUCUGGUGGGAAUAAAAGCGACGCAGACUCACGAACGAGAGAUGAAAUUGCUGCCGUGAAGAACAAGUACAACGAUAUAGUGAAAGUUAUUUCCAACGUUGAUGAUGUGAUUUCCAUUAAAACCGCCGAAGUUGAUGUCUGUUGCAAAUUUCAUCUAACGGCUUCCUAUCCUGAUGUUGUUCCAAUCAUCACCACAGAGUCUUCGUAUCUUACCUCUGAAAAAACUCUGGAAUUGACAUCGUGUUUGAGGAACAAGGCGUCUACACUCUCAGGACAUAGACGUUUGUAUAUUUUAAUAGAGGAAUGUAAACAGUGGAUGGACGAUGAACUUUGUGAACAUUUUGCUCACGAUAGCAAACAUCAAGAUUCCAGUCACAAGGAGAAGAGAAAGAAAGCUAAAAAGAAAUCAAAGUCUAAACAAGAAGAAACGGAUAUGAAGGCAAAUAUUCAAAAUGAAGUUGACGUGAAACGCGAAUGCGCCGAGAUUCGACCGGUUGAAACUAUUAAAAGUGAAGCGGAUGGAUCUACAAAAUGGACUAAAGGCUUCAACUAUUUUAUCACCAUGCGUAUACAGGAUGCAGCAUUGUUGGAUGAGUUGGAAACGACAAAGGAUUGGAUAGAAACACGCUAUCCUCAGUAUCAGGGUUAUUUGAUGCCGAGGAAUAGAUUACAUCUUACUUUUGAAGUACUUCGGUUGGAGUCUGAGUCGGAUGAAAUAAAAUGUGCGCAGGCUUUUGAAUGUGUGAAAGACAAGUUAACUCUGCUAAUGAGAAAUUCUGGUGACCUUUUGUUUGAAGGGCUAACUCAUUUUCCUAAUUUCAAUAAGGUCAUUUUUGCGGAGGUUAUGUAUCCGUCCAGUUUGAAUCAGCUUAUAAAAGCCAUUCGCGACGUCCUUUGGGAGGCGGGAAUUAAGAUUGAGUCUAAGCGUUUUGUUGCUCAUCUUUCAUUGUAUAGAGUAAGUAAAACGGAGUAUCAUUCUAAAGAUUGGCCAAGAGCUCCUCUUCAAUUGUGCAAAUACGACGGUGUUAUUUUUGGAUCACAAAAAGUAGAUAACCUUCAUGUUUGUGAGAUGGGAAGCUGUGCGACAGAUGACGAGAACGUCAGUGGUAUUCCGUUUUAUAGAAGUAUAUGGAAAUUGGAAAUAUGACAACGUGAGGUGUUUUUCCAUUGCAACUACGAAGCAACCGCACAUGCAAAAGGAACACUAGUACCUGCAGCGUUAUGAAACAAAUCUUGACUAAAUGCGAAUUUGUUAACUCCAAUCAAUGCAUAUAUGAUAAAUGAUUAUUACAUGUUUAUAGAUUGCAAGUUUUUGCAAAUAUUAAUAUAGUACGUCAUUAUUGAUGGAUUUCAACUUAUGACGUAACCGUGCUUUAAUGAAAAUUGAUUUGAAAAUUCUACAGAACAAGGGACGUUUUUGUCAAACAUUAUCCACUCUAAGUGUCGCUUUGACAUAAACAUGUUGGAUAAAUAAGCACAAGUGAAUAAAUGUUUUGUUAAUUUAGAAAACAAUGCACUGAUUAUAAAUGGUUGCACAAAUUGUAUGUGAAAUUAAAAAUGUUCGCAUGAGACUGUUGACCUUCAGCUAUGUUUUCGUACGACUGUUGUCCGAGAUCUUGAACUACGAAACUUGUGACACUAAAAACUAAUUGACCAUCUUCUGGUCAAAUAUAACAUAUCAAGAUUUAUUGCACUUAGUUAAACUGUUUUCGAGUUAUUGUGUGAACAUGCCUUGGUCUGCAGACUGACCGACCAAACGACCGUCAUUUGCCAACCUAUAUGCCCCUUUUUUAAAAGGGUGCAUAUACACUUAUUGAUAAAUCGCACUUUAAUAGCUCACGUCUGACAAGACAACAAUUCAUUUCAGAAAUGAAUGCAUAAAUAAAGAUAUAAGAUAUAUACCAACGGAAA